CAUAAUAAAUAAAAAAACUGUCAUCGACUGCCGACUCAAGUAUUUUUGACAACCAAAAUUCUUCUUUGUUUUUCUCAUAUCAUAUUGUCUAACAAUUGUAAUUGGUUUCAAAUUUACAUUUUAUCUUCAAUAAUCGUUUAUCCAAGAUUCCGUUUAAAUGAGAGAUAAAUAAACCUUUAUUAUGGGUUUGUUUAGUAAUUCUUCACCGUUUGACCAAGAUGUCGAGCGGGCGACCAGCGAGAACAGCACGAGCGAGGAGUGGGGCCUGAUCCUGGAGAUCUGCGACCGCGCCGGCGCCACCGCCGCCAGCGCCAAGGACUGUCUCCGCGCCGUGCUGCGCCGCCUCGCGCACCCCGACCCGCACGUGCAGGUGCUCGCCGCCACGCUCCUCGACGCCUGCGUCGCCAACUGCGGCCGCACCUUCCACCUCGAGGUCGCCUCGCGCGACUUCGAGACAGAGUUCCGGCGGCUCGUGGCGCGCGCGCAGCCCGCCGUCGCACAGCGUCUGCGCGCGCUGCUGCGCAAGUGGGCCGAGGGGGACUUCCGCGCCGACCCCCAGCUAGACCUCAUCCCCUCGCUGCACGCCAAGCUGCGAGCCGAGGCGGGCGAGGCGCCGUCCGCCGCCGCCGCCGCCGCCGCCGCCCCCGCCCCCGCCGCCGCCCCCGCCGCCGCGCAGCGCGAGCAGGACGAGCUGGCGCGCGCCAUCGCGCUGUCGCUGCGGGAGGCGGGCGCGGGUGGUGCGGGUGGUGCGGGUGGUGCGGGUGGUGCGGGUGGUGCUGGAGGUGCUGGGGGUGCGGGGGGCGCGGGGGGCGCGCUGUACCCGCGCGUGGAGGCGGCCGCGGCCCGCGAGGUGCGCGCGCUGUACGACUUCGAGGCCGCCGAGGACAACGAGCUCACGUUCCUGGCCGGAGAGAUAGUUCAUGUGACCGAUUCGAGCGAUCCAAACUGGUGGAAAGGUUACAACGAGCGUGGCGAAGGAUUGUUCCCAGCAAAUUUUGUUACGUCUGAUUUAACGGAACCACGUGCCGAGGAGGCGGCGUCGUCGUCGCCGCCGGCGGCUGCGGGUGCGGGGUCGGGGUCGGUGGCGGGGGCGGCGGAGGUCUCGGACGAGGAGUGCGUGUCGGAGGAGGCGAUGGACGCGGCGCUGGCGCUGCUGCUGGAGGCGGACCCGGAGGCGCGCGGCGCGCGGGACGCGGCGCUGGAGCGGCUGGAGGCGCGCGUCACGGCCAUGGGCCCGCGCGUCGACCGCCGCCUGCAGCGCGCCGACCGCCGCCACGCGCGCCUCACCGCGCUCAGCGCCGGCCUCGUCGACGCGCUCAACCUCUACCACGACCUCAUGCGCGCGCCGCCCCACGCGCACCACGCGCCCCACGCGCCGCACGCGCCCCACGCGCCCCACGCCCUCCACGCGCCCCACGCGCCCCACGCGCCCCACCCGCCGCUCGCGCCCCACGCGCCGCUCGCGCCGCACGCGCCGCACGCCCACUACGCGCCGCCGCCGCCCAGGUACCCGACGAGCGCGACCGUACAUUACUGA